CCCCUCUAAACGCCUUCCGAUUUAUACCCUCUUUCACUCUUUAUAUAUAUAUAUAUAUAUAUGGAUCUGAAAAUUCGUGUUUGUCCACACUUUUAUUCUCUCUCUAGAUUUCUAGCUCUCUGAAGAUCACACGUUUUUUUCCCAGCUGCAUUUGUAAUCGAGGCGAAGAAUCUAAUGGCAGAUUCUAAUACCGAUUCCGAUACCGAUACCAACUUCUUGAAGGAGUUUAAGAUUCCAAAUUACAUACUAUUACCCAAUGAACCAAAGGAUCAUAUUUCUCCUGAAGAUGAACCCAAGUGUCCGGUCAUCAUUUUCAUCAACUCCAAAAGUGGAGGCCAACUUGGUGGUGAUCUUCUUGUGACCUAUAGGUCUCUUCUCAACGAAAACCAGGUUUUUGAUUUGGGGGAAGAAGGUCCGGAUAAGAUUUUGCGCCGAAUUUAUGUUAAUCUUGCAAAGUUGCAGAGGGAAGGAGAUAAGUUUGCCACUCAUAUCCAGGAGAACUUGAGAUUAAUUGUUGCAGGUGGUGAUGGAACCGCAGGGUGGCUUCUUGGAGUUGUUUCUGAUCUCAAGUUAUCUCAUCCACCAGCAAUUGCAACAGUGCCCUUAGGAACAGGAAACAAUCUUCCAUUUGCAUUUGGCUGGGGGAAGAAAAAUCCUGGGACAGAUGAAAAUGCGGUAAAGUCAUUUUUGCGUCAAGUAAUGGAUGCUAAGGAAAUGAAAAUCGACAGCUGGCAUAUUAUAAUGAGGAUGCGGGCUCCAAAAGAAGGUCCAUGUGACCCUAUUGCUCCUCUUGAACUACCACAUUCUCUACAUGCAUUUCAACGUGUCUCUGAUACAGAUGAGCUAAACAAGGAGGGUUACCACACAUUUCGUGGUGGAUUUUGGAACUACUUCAGCAUGGGAAUGGAUGCUCAAGUAUCAUAUGCAUUUCAUUCUGAGCGGAAGUUGCAUCCUGAGAAGUUUAAGAAUCAGUUAAUUAAUCAGAGUACUUAUGCAAAGAUUGUGGGCAGUCAAGGCUGGCUUUUCGCUUCUCUUUUCCAUCACUCUUCCCGGAACAUUGCCCAAUUAGCAAAGGUGAGCAUAAUGAAAAGACAAGGUAGAUGGGAAGAGCUUACCAUUCCUCAGAGUAUUAGGUCAAUUGUGUGCCUCAAUUUGCCUAGCUUUUCCGGCGGAUUAAAUCCUUGGGGGACACCUAACAGCAAGAAACUUCGAGAUAGAGACUUGACUGCCCCAUAUGUAGAUGAUGGCCUUAUUGAGGUCGUUGGUUUUAGAGAUGCUUGGCAUGGACUUGUUUUGCUUGCUCCAAAAGGGCAUGGAACUCGUCUUGCUCAGGCUCAUCGAAUCCGCUUUGAGUUUCACAAGGGUGGUGCUGAUCACACUUUUAUGAGGAUUGACGGGGAACCAUGGAAGCAACCCCUCCCUGUUAACGACAAUACCGUUGUUGUAGAAAUCUCCCACCUUGGCCAGGUAAACAUGCUUGCUACACAGGAUUGUAAGUCUAGAAGUUUAAGUGAUCCUUCAACACCUUCAAAUCACGGAGCUGACGAAGAAGACGACAGUAACGGAGAUGACUCUGUAACAGGGGAAGAGUAUAGGAAGUUUGGUGCAGCAGACACAUUUAAGAUCCCAGAUGGAGUUGAUAUCUCUCACCUUAGUUAAGCCAGUUGAUGAAAUAUCGAGCUAUUUAUCUUCCCUUAACAAACACCGUUUGUCCUGUAAUUUAAGAAUAUGCUUUUUUUUUUUCCUUUUUUGGAGGGAAAUAUAUAUUAUCACUCUUAUGAUCGAGAACAUGAGAAUGGAAAAAAUGUACGAAAGGUGUCAUUCACCCUCUGUAUUUAUCAUAAUAUAAUUAAUUAUUUUGUUGAUUACUUAA